AUGAAGCUCGUCAGGUUCCUUAUGAAGCUGAACAAUGAGACGGUCACCAUCGAGCUCAAGAACGGCACGGUUGUACACGGCACCAUCACCGGUGUUGACAUAAGCAUGAACACUCAUCUGAAGACAGUGAAGCUUACACUGAAAGGGAAGAACCCUGUAACGCUUGACCACCUCAGUGUGCGAGGAAACAACAUUCGCUAUUACAUUCUUCCUGACAGCUUGAACUUGGAAACUUUGCUGGUAGAGGAAACCCCUAGGGUCAAGCCUAAGAAGCCAACUACAGGAAAGCCUUUGGGGCGGGGCGUGGCCGUGGCCGUGGUCGUGGACGUGGUCGGGGCCGGGGGCCGCGCUGAGCUUUACUGUUCCCCUGCUGUCGGCUCUCUUGCCUGA